GGAAUUGUCCAUACUCCUAUCACAACUCGCAAACAGACAACAGCUCAAGAAAAUUUUGUAUUUUUAUAUUUAAUCGUGUGUAUUGUGAGAACGAGAUUAACAAGGCUGCAUUCAAAUACUCAACUAGCGACAUCUUUUAUCGGAUAGCAACAAUGAUGAACUCACUUUCGCUACUCGCCGCUGUCUUCGUGUCGCUACUGUGCACUUUCGCGAGCGCCCAUGUCGCGGACAGUAGAAAAGGAUUAGAUAACAAUAUACAACCUAAUGCAGCCACACCCAAGAGGAAACACUUAAGGGAUAUGGUGCGCAUCAGGAACGCUCCUCCAGAGACUGUGCAACUUGAACCUGGUUCGCGACUGGUGCUGCAGUGUGACGUCUUAGGGAAACCAGCGCCGAGCGUGCAGUGGCUGAAAAAUGGAGAGCCUGUUAUGGAUUACGAAGUGGAAAGCAACGACAUCCUCCCCGCUCAUCCGUCAAGCCUUGCGCUCCUCACCAGCAAACUCGUAGUGAGGUCAUCAGCCAACGGUGACGUGUACACGUGUGUGGCAACCUCUGCACUCAACCAAAAAACUGCUUCCACUACCGUUUUGACUGUUGAAGGAAAUGACGAAGAAAACCUACUAAUCUUAGAGAAAUUAUUCCGUAUGCCUACUAAGCCAGUGAUCACCACUUUUUACACGAACAUCUUGCAAGACAUUGGCUCUGAGCUGAUCCUGCCCUGCCGAGUGGAUAGCAACAGCGAGUCCCAGGUCUUCUGGCACCAGAACAACGAACUUAUCUUUGAUAACUCCAGGAUGCGGGUGCUGCCCUCUGGUGAUUUAGUAAUCUCUCCAUUACUGUGGUCUGAUAUGGGUAACUUCUCGUGCAUAGCUAAGAAUGCGUACGGUAAAGAUACUGUGGACACUUUCGUUUACCCUCUGAAGCCGUCCAAAGCAUAAAUGCGCCUACCCCAACCUGUUUGACAAGAAACGUUACCCGCCGAUUUAAUCUCGAUGUUCCUAUUAUUAAGUGACGUUUAAGCUUAACUUAACUUAUUAUUAGUCCCUAAGUUACAAUGUAUACAACAAAGUAAUAUAAGUACUUAAUAUAUUUAAAAAAAUAUUAUUUAAUAAGUUUAUAUGACAUUCAGCCGUACACAAAUGUUGAUGAAAACGAAAUAAGAAAUGCAAAACAGACUGAGAUUCCAUUUUUUAAAUUGACAUUAAUUUUAAAAAUAAAAUAAGAGUCUAUUUUGUCAUUUCAAAAAUAAAAUAAUUAGAUCGUGGUCGAGAGACUUACAGGUAUUCCAAUUGUCAGAUUCAAAAAUCAAUUUAUAAUUUUUAUUUCAUGAAUUUAAUUUAUUUACGCCUGAAUUGAUGCGACUGGAUUUUUAAUAAUAAUUUAAUCGAGUUUUAAGUUAUUCCCUACUAUUAUUUUGUGAUUUUAUUUUAUAAGAGAUUUAUUUUGUAAAUAAAUACAUACAUUAUGACAUUACCUACUAUUAGUUGUAUUGUACAGUUGGAUAAAUCAGCCAUUUUAAUAUAAUGUUGUCAGUUUAUAAACAAUUUAAAAAUUCACGCAAUCUCAAUAUAUUUCUUACAUUUCUGUGUAAAUUUUGCUUAGAACCAGUGUCUCAAUGAUUUCGCUGACUGUACUUAGUAUAAAUUGAUGUUAAUACAUACGAUCUCUGUGAUUUUUGAAAUAAAUGUUUUAUUAUUACACUU